AAGAUGUUGCAUUUAACAACUCUGCUGGAGUGAUGGUGUCCUUUAAUGAUAAAGGAGAAUUGAGCGGUGGAUAUGACAUUAUGAACCUGGUCACAUUCCACAACAACUCUUUCCAGAGAGUGAAAGUUGGGAGAGUGGACCCCAGUGAAGAAGAAGACUUCACCAUUAAUGAAGAUCUAAUUGUCUGGCAUAAAACAUUUAAUCAGGUGCUUCCACUUUCUGUGUGUAAUGAACACUGCCACACUGGUCAUCAUAAGAAGAAGAAGGAAGAGAAAAAGUUCUGCUGCUAUGAUUGUGCUCCAUGUCCAGAAGGGAAGAUUUCAGACCAGAAAGAUACAGAAGACUGUUUCCAGUGCCCGGCAGACCAAUAUUCAAACAGAAACAGAGAUGCUUGCAUCCCCAAAAUUAGAAAUUUUCUUUCUUAUAAAGAACCUCUGGGGAUCAGUUUAGCUUCAGUUGCUGUUUUUUUGUCCUUCAUCACAGCUGUGGUGCUAGGGAUUUUUAUUAAGCACAAAGACACCCCCAUAGUCAAAGCAAACAAUCGGGACCUCACCUACACUCUCCUCCUCUGCCUCUUGUUCUGCUUCCUCUCUUCUUUGUUAUUCCUUGGCCAACCUUGUAUAGUGACCUGCUUUCUCCGACAACCAAUAUUUGUCAUAAUUUUCUCAUUGGCUGUUUCUUGCAUCCUGGCCAAAACCAUCACUGUGGUUACAGCUUUCAUAGCCACCAGACCAGGGUCCAGCGUGAGGAAGUGGGUGGGGAAAAGACUAGCCAUCUUCAUUGUUUUAACUUGCUCCCUUGUUCAAGCAAGCAUUUGUACUAUGUGGCUGGCAACCUCGGCUCCCUUCCCUGAUUUGGACUUUCAUUCAGUAAGUGGAGAAAUUAUUGUGCAAUGUAAUGAAGGGUCAGUCACCAUGUUCUACUGUGUCUUGGGCUACAUGGGCCUCUUGGCCAUCACCAGCUUUGUUGUAGCAUUCUUAGCCCGCAAGUUACCGGACAGCUUCAAUGAAGCCAAGUUCAUUACAUUCAGCAUGUUAGCAUUUUGUAGUGUUUGGGCCUCUUUUCUUCCUACUUACUUGAGCACAAGAGGAAAGGACAUGGUGGCUGUGGAAGUCUUCUCUAUCUUGGCCUCCAGUGCUGGGCUACUGGGCUGCAUCUUUUGCCCCAAAUGCUACAUCAUUGUGUUGAGACCUGAGCUGAAUAGCAGGGAGCAGCUAAUAAGAAGAAAACAUUAAAGGAUUUGUCCCUUCUGUUACACUGACAUGUGUGUUA